AUCAUAUAAAUUAGACUCUAUGAGUUAUUAUUUAGAUUAAUUAUUCAGUAGAGCUUAAUUUAACCCGUAAUUUCGGGCUAAGUUCUCUAGUCGUUUAAACUCUGCAACAGGUCAUUUUUCUCAGAAUGCAAACCACAGCUCAUUGUUGUCGACUCAAACUUGAAUCUAAAUUAGAGUCUUACAAUUGUGAUGGUAGUUUGAAACUAUAUCUAUUAUGAACGGCUACUGACCAUAUACAAGAGGACUGGAGCACCAGCACACUUAGGACUGAGUUAAUUACUUGAAAAAAAACUAGAUUUGUAUUAUUUUUAUGAUUUAAUUUCAGGGAAGGAACAGACCUUGAAGUCCCUCCACCCGAAAUGCGGUUGCAGGUGCUGUUACUGGCACUCACGUGCCGCCAGGCCAUAGCCAAAAUAUUCGACAAAUGUGAACUGGCGCAUCUGCUUGAGACCAAGCAUGGCAUGACGCGAGUCGAUGUCCAGGACUGGGUGUGCAUCGCUGAACACGAGUCCACCUUCAACACGGAGGCUGUGAACAAGUUCAACUGGGAUGGUUCCCGCGACUACGGUUUGUUCCAACUCAGCGACAAGUUCUGGUGUGACGACCACACCGGCAAGAAUGUCUGCAAGACGCCGUGUUCUGCAUUUCUGGAUGAUGACUUGACAGACGACCUAGCGUGCGUGCGGCGCAUUAUCAAGGACACUGAAGCAUGGAAGGGCAAGGGAACUGGUCUGACAGCCUGGGUCGCCUAUGUGAACCGCUGUCAAGGCCAGGAUCUGAAGACGAACGUUGCUGAAUGUUAUGACGGAACUUACCCUGUCCCUACAGAGAUCCGUCCUGACGAUAACAUUAUUCCUCGACUACCUGAAGAACAUCCUUCAACAUCCACUUCACCAUCAGUGCCUUCCUCUUCACCAUCAGUGCCUUCCUCUUCACCAUCAGUGCCUUCCACUCCACCCUCAGUGCCUUCCUCUUCACCCUCAGUACCUUCCUCUUCAGUUCCUCCUAAUACUCCUGUAGAGAACAACGAGAUCGUCAACUCAGCUCGUGUGCCAUAUCCUUCACAUCACGAGCUUGUGGUGCCAGAACACGUGUCUCGCAGCGGUGCCGUGGCAGUGCACGUAGGCUCAGAUAAGACUGCCUUAUUUUCUGCGCUGCUGAGAUCGGGUGGCGAGAGACCAGCAGUUGGCAAAUCUCUUGAGCUCAGCCAACCUGCCUCGUUUCUUGUUCCCCAACAAUAUUCUGGCCAUGUGUUCUACAGGACUUUUUCUCCUAUGUAUUAUGUUAUAAUUUAAUACCCUGUUGUACGUUAUAGCCUUUUUAUUAUUUUUUCUUUCUUCUUUUUGUUCAGCUUUUUUAAACUUUACCCUUGUUCCAUCAAUAAGUUAAAUGCCUUCAAAAUUCUGCUGUAUUAGACGUCAGCAAAAUAUAUUCAUAGUAUC